AUCGAUACCAUUUUUGUAGCCCCAAAGCCUCCGACAACAACAGCCUCCCUUUCCAAUCAAUGAACUCAUCAAGAAUCUCCAUUCGGCCGUUCAAUCUCUCCGACGCCGACGACUUUCUCCGAUGGGCCAGCGACGAAAGAGUAACCCGCUAUCUCCGAUGGAACACAAUAACCUCCAAAGAAGAAGCAUUAACUUACCUAGAAAAGGUCGCAAUUCCCCAUCAAUGGCGGCGGUCCAUAUGCCUGGACGGCCGUUCCGUCGGGUACGUUUCUUUCAAGCCAGAAUCGGAGGAGAAAUGUAGAGCGCAUAUCAGUUAUGCGGUGGCUGCAGAGCACUGGGGACAAGGGAUAGCCACGAUAGCAUUGAGGGCGGCAAUUCCGGCGGCGCUGAGACAAUUCCCAGAGUUGGUUAGGGUUCAGGCGAUGGUUGAGGUGGAAAAUGAGGGAUCACAGAAGGUUUUGGAAAAAUUGGGGUUUUGUAGAGAGGGGGUGUUGAGGAAAUACGGAUUUUGUAAGGGAGAAAUUCGCGAUUUGGUUGUUUUCAGCCUUUUGAGAACCGAUCAACUCAUGUGAUCCAAUUUGGAUGCAUAAUUAUACCAUCUUUAAAAUUAUUAGUUAAAAUAUUAUCAUUUUUAUACUUUCUAAA